UUACUAUGAAAAUUGUAUUUUAGUCAAUUUCCCUAAAAACACAAAAGAGGCGACGGGGAUGGCGACUCAACUUUUCUAGGGUUUCGAUGACGAUGCAGGGAUGGGAUCCGGGCUUACGAAAGAAGAAUUGGAACCGGGAAGGUAUUCAAACGGAGAUAUGGAAUCGAGGAAGAUUACAGUCUAUCACCGUAAGGAUACGAAAGGAAAGAAGCGAUUUGGGCGUGGGGAUUGGGCGUGAUACUCGAAGAUUACUCUGGUGUGGGGUUAUUAGAGAAUUCAAGGCGAGAUUAUACAAUCAAAGGAACCAAGGUGAUCAUAAUGUCUCAGGGACAACUGGUUGGCAAGGUCGACGAGGUGAAGAAUGGAGAAGGAAACCGGAAGAGGUUGAAGAUCUCGGUGCCACAUUUCGAUAACACGGAUCUGAUCAAGAGCUAUGCCCGUACCUUAAUUGGGAGGUGCAUGAAUCCGGAUGAGCAGAUUGUCAAGUCUUUAUUGAUGAAUUUGCCUAAGAUCUGGAUGGUGGAGGAGAGGGUCACGGGAGUUGAUUUGGGAAUGGGGAAGUUUCAGUUCCAUUUUGACAAGGAAGAGGAUCUCGUGGCGGUUCUGGAAAUGCAACCGUAUCAUUUCGACUACUGGAUGCUUGCGCUUGCACGGUGGCAACCAAGGAUGGCGAGGACUUUUCCUUCGGAAAUCCCAUUCUGGAUCACAGUGGUGGGAGUUCCUACAGAGUUUUGGUCUACUCAAACUUUUCAGAGUAUUGGAGAUGUUGUAGGCGAGACAACGGAUGUGGAUCUCCAUUACGGGAAGAUACGUGUGGUGAUAGAUGGUUUCAAACAGAUUUGUUUUGAAACAAGUGUCAACUUCACUGGAGGGGAGUUCUAUGAGGGAGAGGAAGUACUGGUCGCGCUCAAGUAUGAGAAAUUGUUUGGUUGCUGCCAACUAUGCUCAAGCCUCUGUCACCACGAGGAUGUAUGUCCCACAAAUCCUAAUCCGGUGAAGAGAAGAGAGCCUAAAAAUGAUGGGACUAACAGGGUUGAUGAGCGGGCAAGAAGCUACAAGGGGGUGGUGAUACACGGGGGAGGAGGUAAUCAGGAGGGUGGUAAAGAAACUCGAGGAUAUCAUUGCAAGGGAAAGGGCAAAAUGUAUGAAGACAGUGAGUCUAAAUGGAUAAAGAAAGCGGAUGCAGGCCAUAAGAGAGACUACUCAAACCGGAGUGGUCCCAGGAUGGAUGAAGGGAACUCAAGGCAUAGGAGUUCACGUUGGGAACAAUCCAGGAGUAUGACCCAGGAAGCAAGAGACAGACUCAUAGAGAGCACAGGCGCCCACGAAGUCCACCACGUCGGAUCCCGGUGGAUACUAAAGAGGAGGGAGAGAUUCAGAGUGCUCAGGAGCAGCAGAUACUUCCCAAGGCGUCCAAUGGAGAAGUAGAGAAGCCGAUGGAGAGCAAUCCUAUCAAACCAAUAGAGGUAAAAACGGUUUCUGUUGAGGUGGAAUUAGAGGUGAAUAAGGGUUUGGAACUGGCUGAAAAUGAUGGAAUUAGAAUAGAGAGAGCUAAGGAUAUGAUGGACUUAGAGGGUAAGAGUCUCGAUGAUGAGGUAAUGGGUUUUGAUGAGGCGGAGUUUUUGCUAGAGGGACAUGACGAUACUAUGGAUAAUGAUGAGGAAUUUCAAUCUCUAACUGAUCCUGAAUUGGAGGAAAUGGUUACUGUGGACGAGAAUAAAGAAGAUACCAUGAAGGAGAUUGAUCAGGAACCUGUGGGAGAGGAUGAGGAGAAGAAGAAAGGAACCCGAAAGGCGCUGUUUAAACCGGCAUCGUUGGCUGUUGGGGCAUCAAAGAAGUUGUUGGUGCAGGCGGUUUUCUCCCCCCGGAAGAAAACUCAAGGUAAGGCAGGCAAGAAGCAGGGAGAUGCCACAAGAAAGAAAGAGGAUAAGGGACCUUCAAUCCCGAAACCACCCUCUGCAAAGCCUUGAUCCUGAUUAUGUUUUUUACAUCCAGCAAGAAGCCUUCACGAGUUGGUGUUUGUGGGUUUAGUGUGAGCAUUUUAUUGUUUCUGGUUAUUGUGUUUUUUGGCUGUUUGAUGGCCUUCCUUUGUUUCAUUGUAUUGACCAUGUGAAAUGGUAUUGGAAUAAAAUUACUGGAUGGGGUUUCUUUACAA